UAAAAUUUAUAUCAAUUAUUUACAUAUCAAUUUUCGAUUUUCGUGUGAAAUGUCUGUUCCACGUCAGCAUUGGGGCUUACCCAGUUGUCGAACUCGGCAGUAAACAUGCGAUGCCACUCCUUCUGCACAAACACCACGUGGAUGAGCGCAAUUUAUUGCCGAUCUAUGAUAAUACUCCCUAUUGAUGCUCCAACCUGGAGUUGAGGAUCGACCCCCAGGUUGCUGAAGAUGGAUUGCAGUUCUCUUCUCCAAAAAGGUCAUUCCGAUCGCUCAUCCGGAUCAUCCGAAAAGACUGCAACGAUCCAAAAGGGAGAGAAGAUUCUUCGAUGGAGUCAUGACAAUAAUGAAGGCUUUGUGCAUCGGUGUUUUGGAUGAAACUCGUGAACGAUCGGUCAUACAUAUGGGGAUAUCAUAUCCAAGACCAAACCAAGUUUGGGUACAACUGACACCCCAGUUCCCCAGGGACUCCUCGGAUACCCAGUUUCUGUUCCUCCGUGCUCUGUAUACGGGGCUUUUUUGGAGAACGUGGGGCGCAUUUUGCUGCCACCAUCCACCCAUCCACCAUGGCACUACCUCUUCACUAUCCCGAUACGGGCCUCGAGCCUCCUGGUCGUCGGGGAACCUGAUGUGUCGCAGUACACCGUAGCGAGAUUUAUUUUGCUGAUGCGUUUUGCUUAAUUAUUAGCCUUUCGUAUUCUGUCACUCUGUCAAGCAGCAAGCUUUCUACUAGAGCUGAACUCUUUUUCUAUUUUGAUAUUUCGACCAUCGAAGUAUACAGAACGACAGCAAGCCGUUCGUUAUCCAUACGAUCAGAAUAGACCAUCACAAUGGUUUUUCUAGGAAUCAUCGACGAUAACAAAAUCCCGCACGUUCCGGGCACCGUUAUCCUCGAAGAAGCAUACGCCCAUUCCGAAAAUGUCACCGGUGGCCUCAAGCAUGGAACAGGGCGCAAUGCCAAUGUUGUUUUGGUCCCUCAGCCUUCCAACGACCCUAACGAUCCCCUCAACUGGCCGACGAGCAAAAAACUGACCGUGUUGGGCAUCACUUGUUGGGGGUCGAUUCUCUAUGCGGCCGUUGUGAGCGCCAUGCUCAACGCGGCAUUCGCCACGAUGGCUGUCGAAAUCAACACCACGAUUCCGGAUCUCGUUCUCACGUCUGGGUACCAAACGCUCGUGGUGGGCGUCACAGGACCCAUGUUCUCGGCGUUGGCUAGAAAAUGGGGGAAGCGUCCGGUGUUUAUACUCGCGUCCAUCAUCUGCCUGGUGGCGGACAUCGUCGGAUCUUGCGUCAACACUUACGAAGGUGUUCUCACUUCGAGAAUUCUUCAGGGUUUCGCGAUCGCACCGUACGAGUCUCUGGUGUUUACGUUGAUCAGCGACAUGUUUUUCGUGCAUGAACGUGGAAUCUACGCAUCUUGUAUCAACUUCAUCCUGGCUGGUAUCUCGAAUUUGACCGGUGUUGUAGCUGGUCCUAUCGCCUCGAAUAUCGGAUGGAGAUGGCUCUACUACCUUUUGGUGUUAUUCGGCGGUAUUCAACUCAUCCUACAAGUCCUCUUCGUUCCCGAGACGAGUUACAACCGCGACCACCGAUACGACAUUGACGAACUCAAAAACGACAACCUCGAAGGUCUUACGGCUCUGGAAAUGCAAGAGAAACUCGACAUGGAGAAAACCGGCUCCGGCGGCGAUACCACGCACGCCGAGGAAGGGAUCGCGCACACGAAAUCUCAGGACCCGCCACACGCGUACACGAAAAAGACGUGGCGACAAGAACUGGCACUGUUCAGCGGCACCUACUCGAACGAGAACCUGUUGCAACUCUUCCUGGCCCCAUUCGCCGUCGUCGUCAACUUGGCGGUCUCGUGGAUCUUGAUCGUCAACUCCAUGUUUGUGGUCUUGUACGUCGUCAUCGCCUUCGUCCUGGCCCAACUCUUCGCCCCGCCGCCUUACUCCCUCAGCCCGGCCAGUAUAGGCUACCUGUCGUUUGGUCCGUUCGUCGGUGGUAUCUUGGGUACCGUCAUCCUGGGUGCCCUGUCGGACCCCUUCAUCAAAUGGUGCGCUCGUCGCAACAGGGGAGUCUACGAACCCGAGUACCGUCUGAUCCCUUGUCUCGUCGGUGCUCUCUCCGGGGUAGGCUUGAUGCUGUUUGGACACCUCGUGUCCGAGGGCGCUUCCCCUUACGCGACCGCGACGGUCCACGGGCUCAUGCUGUUCGGCGUCAUGUUUGCCUGCAUCGGCACGAGUAACUACGCCCUGGACGCCUACCGAGGCAUGGCCAACGAGAUUUUCAUCGCCUCCAUGGCGGUCAAGAACACCAUCUUGUUCGGGUUCAGUUACUUUGUCAACAACUGGACGGCUUCCGUGGGUCCCCAACACGCGUUUUACAUAUGGGGAGCCGUGGCCUUUGCCUUGAUCGCUACGGUGCCCGUCAUGUUCUUCUUCGGCAAGAAAUAUCGAAGUUACUGGGCGAGGAAUAACUUGUUGGAAAAGAUGCAUGUCCAGACUCACGAAGAGUGAUUUUCUGGAAAGCCCAGGGACAGGUUCAAAGAAGACCUUCUCGAGUGUCGAGUAGUCCGGAUUGACUGUUGGGCCGCAAAGAUGGACAACGUCAACGACGACUACAAGAGUGUCAUGAUCAGGAAGCGACAUAGAUAUAGAUUGGACUUGGACUUGCUACAAAGUUUUGUUUUGCUUUGUUUAACAGAAUAGAAUAGAUUAGACUAGACUAGAUUAGAAGAUGGGACACUUAGCUACAGUUACAGAGAGUCAUACUUUCGAAGGAGUAGCACAUACUAGA